GCGAAUGACUGUGUUAACACACACUCGACGAACCACAACGCUUUUAAUAAUCUCUGUGAAAAGCUCUCUCUCGCUCCAGACGAAAAAUUUUCGUCGUCGUUCUUCCAAUUCAGUGAUUCAUUCGGCAAGCGAGCACAGCGCAUGCGUCAUACAUUUUCUUUGUUAUUUUUUCCCUUCAUUCGUUUGGUUUGUUUUGUUUUGAUGUACAUUUUAAUAUUGUGCUUUUUUUUGCUGCUGCUGUUCUUCGUGCCGGAACAUUGUGUAUACGGUUUUCCCACUCGGGCCUCUCUGUAUGUGAAACACAGUCUCAGCCGACUAGUCAGUGUUGAUUUAUCGACGUACGAUGUUUAACCAAUUUCAAUUCCAAAUAAUUCACACAAAUUAAUGUUAGGCGUUUUAUGUUAGUUGUAUAAACACUUCCCGAGUUUGAUAACACAGUGAACAAGGCGAGGAUAAAACAGUUGACACAAUUUGAAAAUACCACACAAUCAUGAUAAAGAAAAUUGUGUGUUUUCGUGACGUAUAUUUGCAUUUUGGCCUCGAACCGAGCCUCGCACAACUAAUUUUCCAUUACGAUAUACCAUUUAUUAUUUAUGGUUAUUGGAUUUUUUAAUUACUUGCCCAUUCAUUUGUACGCUGGCUGCUGGAUGAGUUUUUGUUUGUUCUCUCGACAAAUGACCGUGGAAUUCCGAUGGUAGAAACCAUGUUUUUUUGGUGAUGGGCACAAGUCAGAUAUACAUUUUGCUGCGUACCAUUUCGAAUUUUAUUACGCAUUAAAUUACAACCACCAUAUAACCAUUGGCUGGUUGUCUUUUUGCCUGGUGACAGAAAAUAGCAAACAGCUAAGAGAAAAUCAGAUUUUGUGAUGAGAUCAAAAUGAGUUUGUGUGUGUGUGUGUGUGGUUCUUAUUAAAUGAAAUACAUCUUCUGAAUCGAAUUUAAUGCCAUUAUAAGAAAUAUCGACCGGAAAUAUUAUGACGACGACGACGACGACGCCACCACCGCUGAUAUUUCCACAACAUGGCCAAAAACACAACGAAAUUAAUGAAGCGCGAUGGUUUUCAUUGGAAAUGUUAAUUACGAAAAUUCUAAUUCGGUUUUUUAUACGUUAUCGCGUUGACCUUAAAUGGUGGUGUAAUAAGGCAACCGAUCGAAAUAACGUCAAUCGAGAACGAAGUGAAUAAACACAAACGAUAAUGAUUGGAAAUUGAUAAGUGCUCAUUUGCAAUGUGUUGUUGUUGAUUUUUCUGUUGUUUUCGGUCUUUAUCGUUGCAUAGUUUGAUGUGAACGCGUAAAAAUGCCAAAUCAAACAUAAAUUCAAUUCGGUGGAACGGCAGCGUGCGUCUUCAGCGGAAUAAUAGUAUGCAUUGUGCGCCCUUGCCAGAACACACAACCAUUAAAGUCAAACAGCCGAAUUAUUGCUAGAUUUCAAUCUAUGGAUACGCGUGCCAUGUUGGCUAUAAAUAUUGUUUCGGCUAAAAAUACCAUUACUUAAAUCUCUCCAAUGGAGACGUGAUUAAAAUUCAAACGCCUUUGAUUUUGAGCCAGAGCGACCCACACUUUGCAGAGAACCGAGUUUUGAUAACGAUGUUCGGAGACGUGUCAUUCUUACGUACGUUGUGCGUGCUAUGUGCUACACACACAGCUGAUAAAUUGCUCUCAAAUGUCAUGAACCUUUCGAUGUUUUUAAUAUUUAUAGCCAGAUACAUAAACACAUCACAUGUCGUCUCCAUGACACGUUCUCGAUACAAUCCACUCGCAUCGAAAUUGUAAGUGCUGUGUCACCAAACACAAAACCAGCUUUGUUUCACAUUCGAUUCCAUUGUAACACAAGAAAUAGCUUUUUCUGUACACGAUUCAACUAUUUAUAAAAAUAGCAACAUAGUAGUAAAUGGGUGAAGUCAAACGCAUCAUAGGUCAAAACGCAAUUGAUUAAGACGACACGAAGUCAUUUGUUGUCGUGCCACCGAUAACCACAAUAAUCAAUUAAACUUUGCGGAAAAUGGCUUUGAACAACAAUUCGGAAGAAUGCAGCGACAAAUUGCGCGCCAAAAUCGACGAAUGGCUCAAAUGGGAUCGUAAUGAAAAAACUCGUGGUGAAAUCGAGUCAUUGGAUCGUCAUGGAAACUAUGCGAAACUAAGUAAGUUGAUGUUAAACCGUUUGUCAUUCGGAACGGCUGGACUUCGUGGUGUGAUGCAAGCGGGCUACAAUGCGAUGAAUGAUUUAGUGGUGAUUCAAACGGCUCAAGGAUUGGCCAAAUACAUCAAAAAGUGUUUCCCAUCUCCUGAUCAACAGGCAAACGGUGUGGUAUUUGGCUUUGAUGGACGAUACAACAGCAAACGUUUUGCCGAGUUAUCAGCUAGUGUAUUUCUUAAUGAGGGCAUUCCAGUACAUUUGUACGGUGAAAUGGUGGCAACGCCAUUCAUUCCGUUCGCAAUAUCGCAUAUGAAUUUACUGGCCGGCGUUAUGGUCACUGCAUCACAUAAUCCGAAAGAAGAUAACGGCUACAAAGUGUACUGGAACAAUGGUGCUCAAAUUAUCUCGCCACAUGAUAAAAACAUUCAAGCAUACAUUCUCGACAAUUUAGAACCACUGUCGUCGUCAUGGGAUUUGAGCAGUUUGAAUUCACCGCUUCUCAACGAUCCUUAUCGCGAAAUGUUCACUUUGUAUUACGAAAAACUACUGGCAAACAUACCCAGUGACAUCUUGACCGAGGUCAAUGCAAAGAGUGAUAUUCGAUUCGUUUAUUCGGCAAUGCAUGGCGUUGGCUACAAAUUUGUUGAGAACGCAUUGAAAGUAGCGAAUCUCAAGCCACUUAUUCCCGUUGUUGAGCAACGUGAUGCCGAUCCGGAGUUUCCAACCGUUAAAUUCCCAAAUCCAGAGGAGGGAAAAUCCAGUUUAACGCUAUCGUUUAAACUUGCAAACGAUGAAAAGUGCUCAAUUAUUUUGGCCAACGAUCCAGAUGCCGAUCGAAUGGCCUGCGCUGAGUUCAAUGAAAGCGAGCAACAAUGGCGAGUGUUCACUGGAAAUGAAAUCGGUGCUUUGCUUGGUUGGUGGGCAUUGGAGUGCUACAAAAUGCAAUCACCGAGAAAUGAUCUGAAGGAUUGCUACAUGUUGGCAAGCACUGUUAGCUCAAAGAUAUUGCGUACAAUGGCCAAAGCCGAGGGCUUCAAUUUCAUCGAAACAUUGACUGGUUUCAAGUGGAUGGGCAACAAAUCAUUCGAGCUGAUCAAUGAGGGAAAGACGAUUUUGUUCGCAUUCGAAGAAGCCAUCGGAUUCAUGUUUGCACCGACCGUACUUGACAAGGAUGGCGUGAGUGCUGCAUGUCAUUUGGCCAGUUUGUCGGCCUUUCUCAAAACAAAAAAUCAAACACUCUGCGCCAAAUUGAAUGAACUUUACGAGCGUUACGGUUUCCAUUAUACUAGUAACUCUUACUUUUUGUGCUAUGAACCCGAGAUCAUCACCAAAAUAUUUGAACGCAUUCGAAACUUUCAACAUACACCUAACUCGUAUCCAUCUCAUGUACACAGUGGAAAAUAUCCAAUAUCGACGGUGCGAGACUUGACAACGGGAAUCGAUACGUGUCAGAGUGAUGGAAAAUCACUGUUGCCUUCGAGUAAAAGCAGUCAAAUGGUGACAUUUACUUUCGAAAACGGUGCUGUCAUCACGUUGAGAACAAGCGGCACCGAACCAAAGAUCAAAUAUUACGCGGAAAUGUGUGCUAAUCCAAAGGAAAAGGAUUGGACUGGUUUGCAGACAAUUCUGCAUGAAAUGAUUGAGGCAACCGUAAAAGAACUACUUCAACCAACCGAAAAUAAUCUCACACCGCAAAGCGACAAAUAAAGAUCAGCUCGCGUUCACAUUUUUUUUAAAAAUAAAGUGACAAAUGUUGUGCUAUUUUUCACACCAUUCGUGUAUCAACGCUCGCAUAUUAUUCACAGAUCUUUCAAAUUGUACAAUUUGAAGAAUCGAAUAUUUUUUCGUGUUUUUAUUUGGAAUUGAUCAUGGUAUUAUGACUCAAUUAAGCACGUGUUCACACAAUUUAUGAUUUGAAUUUCAAGAUUAUCACAACAAUAUUAUCAUGUUUAAUCAAAUGGGUAGUUUGGAGCGAAAAUGUUAUACAGAAAAGUUGCGCGGAAAAAUAUCAAAUUAAAAGAGAUAGCUAUAUAGUUCACUAUAGUUUACUAUACAGUAUACUAUAUAGCUAUCCCUUUUCCACUCAUUUAUCAUCGACAUUUUUCCGCGCAACUUUUCUGUAUUACAUUUUCGCUCCAAACUGCUCAAAUGUACCAAAGUCCACUACAGACAUUGUUGUUUUGAUAUUCUAUCAUCGAAUAUCAAUAUGCAAUUAAUUGUCGAUCAUUUAUUUAUUGUGUUUUGUAACAAUAUAUCUGAAUAUUACAUUGACUAAAUAAAACGUUUUAGAACAAUGGAA